AGGGUCUCUGGGGGUGGGAGGUAGGGGGGACAGACUUUGUCUGGCUAAUGAGAAGGUGUAUUUAUUUUUCACUGUACAGUAUUUAAAAAGAAUAAAAAAAUCCAAACGGCUCCCUUCUUUCCCUCCCAGUCUUGUUUCUCACAUGCUCAUUAAAUCUGAGCCACAGUGCUCCCUUAGUCAUUUCCCCUUGUCAGUUGUUGUAUCCCAUGGACUUACAACAGUUCCUGCACCUAGCUCAGCCUUACUACUUGUACAACUUCCUCUAGAGCCCCUUAAUUCUAGAAGUGAUGUCCUCCUUCAUUCUUUCUGCCCCUCCUCCCAAGUAAGCAUCUUACUUUUCUUACCAGGGAACUGCCCAAGUGUCCCCACCCAACUUGCUGCUGGGUGAGUUGGGCCACUCCUAUACCUACACUGCCUUCUGCUGUGACUCAGGGAUGCCCCUCCCUAGGGGUUGAGAGCUAGAGCCAAGGCGGGGAAGCUAGCUUAAUCGGCUUAGUUUAUUUUGGGGUCCCCUAGGGCCAGGGCUGGGCCAUGAGAAGAUGGGGCACAAAGUGAGAUGUUUUCCUGACAGGGCACCUUAUAUUUUCUCUCUGGAACCCUAGACUCCCUCCACCCCCCCAAUCUUUACCAACAAUGGCUCUGCUGCUUGCUUGGCCAACCUUCCUCUCCCCAGUUCCCCUGAGGAUAGAAAUGGCGCCUGUAGGGUUAGGAUAAUCCUCAGCACCGGAGAAAGCCAGAGUCACACAGCCUGAGCACCUGCUAGGGUGACUCUGGAAGAGAAAUUACCUUAAACGUACAUUCUCCAAAUCUUCCCCAGAGACAGUCUGGGUCGGAGAACCCAUCUGAAAGGCGUCGAGAGGGAGAAUGCUGUUUUACCCCGUUUUUAGGAUUUACUCCCAUUUCUGUCUUUAAGGGCGUUCUAGACCUAAAAUUACUUAAGGGAGGGGAAUAAAUUCCAGAGGGCGCUGAGAGGCGAGGCUCCUGGAAUAGGGCUGGGUUUUGGGAGUGGAGCCCUGAGGAGAAGAAAGUGGGGGCCGGGAAAACAGUAAACCUGAGAGCGUUGGGGGGCGGGGGAAAAGAAGAUGGAGGAGGCCCUUGAGGAGGGCGGGGUCACUGUUUAAAAGCCUUUACCGGGUCUGACCGGCCUACUACUGGCAUUUGCCGCCACACCCCCCUUUAUGUCCCCCCGAGGGUGAUUGGAGUAAGGUAUCCUCGGAAACACGCAGAAACCCAGAGCAGUACUGACUCGAGGAAGCCAGUCGCUCCAGGGCCUGAGAAGCACACCUUCAUAGCUUUUCAAAGUACUUUUUGGAAGGUUGGGAGGGGUGGAGACCCUGGAUUUGGGGAAGAUCCCGAAGGAGAGCUGUGGAGGGAGAACCCAGCUACCUGCUGCUGGUGCUAAACACUGGCUUUCUGGCUUUGCGAAAUUUUAAAGACUGCUGAGUGGCCAUACACCACCAUAUUAAGGACAACGGAUUUGGGGACAAGGUAGCAGAGAUUCUUAUUCUCCUUUAGUGUGGGGAGGGGAGUGUGGGUGGGUUACCUCCGUGGAGACUGAAGGAUUGUGAAGGAACCUCUUCCAUUGAAGGAUACCAGAUUUGGGAUAACUUGGCGUUUGGAGACACUGGAUCAGGCAGGGAGCCCGAUAACCACUUUCCUGAGCCUCCUCCCUAUCUCCCCCUCCUCUCCCAGGCUAAUCAUCUCCAUGGCGCUGCCCCGGGCUCCUCCACUUAAGGCCUGGGCCCUGACACUCCCUGCUCCCACUGCUUUCGCAUCUUCCACUUCCAGUCCCUUGGAGUCCGAGAGUCCUGGGAUUCCCGGGGAGAUUCCCACGAAGGUGAAGCGGCCCAUGAACGCAUUCAUGGUGUGGAGCUCGGGCCAGCGUCGCCAGAUGGCGCAGCUUCACCCCAAGAUGCACAACUCGGAAAUCUCCAAGCGCUUGGGCGCCCAGUGGAAACUGCUGGGGGAGGCUGAGAAGCGGCCCUUCGUAGAAGAGGCGAAGAGGCUCCGGGCGCGACACCUGCGCGACUAUCCCGACUACAAGUACCGGCCGCGUCGCAAGGCCAAGAACACCAACCUGGGCCACGAAGGUCUGGGGCUGGCCAGGGCAAGCAAGGGCAGCAGCAACCACGGCGCCGAGCCAGGAUGGGGGACUAGAGGCUUUGGCUACCAGCCCCACUACUCCUCUUCCUAUCUGGCCGAGGACUGCGGAGUUCAUCACUCUAAGCCGGAGGCCCUUUCCUUUUGUUCCCUUCCUCUUGCAGCUCCAUUCCAAGGGGAGCUCUUGAAUCCCUACAACCCUUAUUCCCCUGGCCCUACCUCCUACAAUCCUGCUCUCCUGGGUCCCACCCCUAGAUCCACCUCUAAUAACCCUAGGGCCCAGGGUCCAUGAAAGGAACAUACAGGUGCCUCUCCCAUCCUUCACUCAGACCCCUUCCCUUAACAGCAGUGUCCCCAGCCACAAAUAUACCACCCUCAGGUGACUGGACACCUGAAUUCUGAGGGACUUGAUUAAGGGAGAAUGCUGGAUUAUUUUUGUAUUGAAGAUACAAAUUUUUAUAUAUUGUAUGUUUUGUAAGAUUAAACUCAUUUUGAGUUCUG